CACUUGAUAUAACGCUAAUUACUUAUUCCUCAUGUUCACCAAUUACGUAAAUAAGAUAAAAAAAAAGUUACCCGUUUAACCGAGUGAUCGUUAAACUGAUACAUAUGCAUAGGAAAAGAAGUCGACUAAUUACGCAUUACGAUAUAAAAUGGACAUGAAGUUCAGUAACGUGACGUUGGACACGCAAGAUUGGUCGACUUCUUCACGGACACGUUAUACAUGAUUAUGCAAGUCCGUCUGGAUAAAUCUUUAAGCACAUUUCCUGUUCUAUUCCGAUAUAUAGAAUUCGUAGAAGGACGGAUGUGUCACACUAUAUACUUGACGCAGUUGUGCCACGUUUCUCUGAAGUUUAUCGCAGCACAGUGAUUCGUUUCUUCCCUGCAGGCCGGAUUGAAGCGGAUCUAGCUUGAUUCAGUGACUACAUUUCGACGAGGAUGGAAAGCGAGAAGUAUUCGACGGCCGAUCGUAAGCUGAAGACCUACUUGGCGUACAGUGUCGUUCUCUUAGUUUUUUUCGCCUUCGCCGCGUUCAAGGCGACAAAAGACAGGACGAUUGUGUCGGUGAUCGCGACCACCUUCGUCGCGUCCGUCUUCCUCGUGAUCUUCCUGCUCUGCGACGUGACGCUACGCCUGUGCCAGACGCUGGUCUCUUUCACCACUGACGUGGGCCAGCAUUCCGAGGAGAGCUUCUGGUCAGUGGCGAAAUAUCACUUCUCUCUGAAUACCUUGUCGGCGACAAUCGUCAUCGUUGCCACAUUGCUGUUCCUGGGCUUGAGCAUCACCAUUCGCGGGUGCCCUUUGAGGAUGAGUAACCUGGCAGAAUGGGAGACAGGAUCGCUGUCUGAUCUUAGUGCUAUGAAGGGUCUGGAUUAUGGCACGGGUAUGGCGUAUAAUUUCUACUAUGGCUACCUGCGGCUUACCUUACCAUCCAGUGAAACCAGCAGGAAGGGCAUAAUUGAGAAAAUCGAAAACUUUGAGGACUAUCACAAUGUGACAUUUCCAGUACACAAGCUAUUUCUUUUAAUACCAACUUCUGGGUACAUCCCACCAGACUUAAAAGAAGCAUCCUGUCAGUGGAUGGAAAAUAUACAUGAGCUGGAGGAGGAGAAACGUAACCGGGCUGGGAAUAUAGGCAGGACGUAUCGCAACAAUGCCUACAAGAUAUAUCCUGAAGGAAGAAAGUCGGGUAAUAAACCGGUAUAUAUAGUGGUGGAAGGUGCGACACCUUUGUUAACAUACUACGAAGUACAGAAACACAAUCAUUCUGAAUCUGCUGUAUAUAGACAAUAUAAACCUAAGAUUAUCGAGAGAUUUUAUACUAAACUACAAGAAAUUUUGCAAAGCAACCCAGAAACCAGGGAUUUGUGUGAAUUAAUUUAUUAUGACGAUUUCGACGCGAAAGGAAACAAAGUUAACGUUGCAAUGAUACUCUUGGAAAGAAUAUCAAAAAUAAAUUCUGCAUAAGUAUUGAAAGAAAUUAGGCAACGUAUGUCCUAAAUUGUGAUAAAUUUUAUAAACAUAUAUCUGAUAAUGCACUAUGUCAAUGUUUAUACCCUAUUCUACAUUUAUGUAUACAGUUUAAAAACUGUUAUAAAUUAACCCAAUAUUUAU